CCGCGGUGCACACCUUUGCGCCUCGCAGCACCCGUCGUUGCCAGCCGCCCGCCAUGCUGAAGCGACUUGCACGCCCAUCGGCGGCGCCCUGGGUGUGCCAGCGCUGUCGGCAGCAGUCGCACCGACAGCGCAAAUCGAACUCCAGCUUCGCCGCCGCUGCCGCUGCCGCUGCGCGCGAUGCACCGCUGCCCGCCUCCAAGCUGUACGGACUCCCGACGGCGCAAGCCAGAACCGACGAUGCCACCCUGCGCCAGAUGUUCGACAGCCCGCGUUUCUGGGGCGACUUCCAACGCGCAUCCAAGACGCACCCGCCGACUGGCAUCGUGGGGAACCGCUACCUCUCCAGCCCCGAGGGCUUCGUCGACUUCGUGUCCAUCACCCUGCAAAGAUGCAACGCCGUCGUGGAGAAGGUGGCACGGGCGAACAGCAUCGCCGAGUACAAAGGCAUGGUCAAGGAGCUCGACAGGCUGAGCGACCUCCUCUGCAGGGUCAUCGACCUCGCAGACUUUGUCCGCGGCACCCAUCCGGACAGGAGCAUACAGCAAGCCGCCCACAAGGCGUAUGCCAUCAUGUUCCAGUACAUGAACCAGCUCAACACCACAACCGUCCUGAACGACCAGAUCAAAAAGGCUGCCGAAACCCCAGAGGUCUGGGACAGCUGGUCCGAGCAAGAGCGCGUUGUUGCCAACAUCCUGAUUGAAGACUUUGCAAGAAGUGCCAUCAACCUCCCCGAGGGCACGCGCCAGCGUUUCGUCGACCUCAGUGGAGAGAUUGCUGACGUGGGCACCGACUUCACCGAACGGAUGGCUCCGGCAGCCAGCCACUUGCGCUUCGACAGCAAGAGAAUGAAGGGUCUGGAACCGAACAUGGCACGCGCACUCACAAAGUGGGGAGAGACCAAGAUUGGGACUAUGAACCACGAGGCUCAGAUGGCCCUGCGCUAUGUCGAAGACGCCGAAGUGCGAAGAGAAAUCUACAUGGCCGUACGGACGGCCAACAAGCCCAGCAUCAACAGGCUAGAGACCAUGUUGAAAAGCAGGGCAGAGCUGGCAAAGCUGUCCGGCUACGAAACCUUUGCGCACAUGACUUUGGAAAACAAGAUGGCCAAGUCUCCAGAAGCCGUCAACCAGUUCUUGAACGCCUUGAUAGCGGACAACAAGCACAAGGUGAACGACGAGUUGGAGGAGCUACUGGAACUCAAAAGAGCAGAUGCACACCUAGACAACGACCCUGAGAGAAUCAACGCUUGGGACAGGUACUACUACACCUCCAAGCUGCUCUCCAACAUGGAUACCAAGAUCCGCACGCCAGACUUCCUCUCAGCCUACUUUUCCGUUGGGACGGUCAUGCAAGGUCUGUCGAGGCUGUUCGAUCGUCUGUACGGCAUCCGUCUAGUGCCUCGAGAGACACAGCCUGGCGAAGUUUGGGAUGAUGGCGUGCGACGACUGGAUGUUGUCUCUGAUACCGACGGUCACAUCGCUGUAUUGUACUGCGAUCUCUUUUCCCGCGAGGGCAAAACCCCAAACCCCGCUCACUUCACAUUGCGCUGCUCGCGCGAGAUACUACCUUCAGAGAUUGAGGAAAUGGGCCACCUUAAUCACCCCUUCGCUUCGCCAGUCGAAGCAGCAACCGACGGUAUGGCCGUUGCGUACAACAAGGACACCCAAUCGUACUUUCAGCUACCUACCAUAGCGCUAAUCUGCGACUUCUCUCGACAACAGAACCGGCCGACCCUGCUGAACUUCAACGAUGUGCGCACCCUAUUCCAUGAAAUGGGGCACGCACUGCACUCGUUCCUCGGCCGCACAUCUCUCCAAAAUGUUUCUGGCACGCGAUGCGCCACCGACUUUGCCGAACUGCCCUCUGUUCUCAUGGAACACUUUGCUUCUUGUCCCAGUGUGCUUGGUCUCUUCGCUCGCCAUUGGGAAACUGACGCUCCACUCCCUAUGACCGCUCUCGAGAAGCGCCUAGCCAUCGACAUCAAGACGCAGCCCGCAGAAACAGAGGCCCAGAUUCUCCUCGCCAUGCUCGACCAAGCGUACCAUACCCAGGGCCCACUAUCUCCCGACUUCAACUCUACAAAGGUCUAUCACGACGUCUACAACACCCACGCUUCGAUUCCCGAACCCGCUGGCACCGCAUGGCAGGGCUUCUUCGGCCAUCUGUUUGGAUACGGCGCUACGUACUACAGUUACCUCUUCGAUCGUGCCAUCGCGGGCAAGAUCUGGAGUCAUGUCUUCCAGAAGCAAGGCAAGGAAGGUAGUGUGGACAGACUGAACGGAGAGAGGUACAAGAAUGAGGUGCUGAAAUGGGGCGGUGGGAGAGACGGGUGGAAGUGCAUCGCUGGUGUCUUGGAAGACGCAAAGCUGGCGGAUGGUGGAGAAGAAGCUAUGAAGGAGGUAGGAAAGUGGGGUGUAAGAGACCCAGGCGCUUGAAAGCGGUCGGUACGAGAGGUGGAACCCUGGCGCCACUUCUCGCUGUAAAAUAAAAGGCCUGCGAUUGUAUACACAGUGCGACAGGCCCACAUGGCUUUCAAGUCAAUAGCAUGCUUCAAAUCGUUCCCGUCGAGCAUUUGGAUUAUCUCAGGGCAAGUGAGCUCAAAUCGGAAGCCCUCCUUGACGUACAUCUAUAUGUUGAUCGUCGCAGGCGUAAACUCCAGCUCCUUCACAAACGGAUCCUUGAAGCUCUC